UAAUAGGCGUGUCUGAAACUCAGUCACGCCACGCGGAUAAACAAACAGACUUAGUAUUCUGUUUCCUUGUCCAUGUUUUUGUCAUCUCCGCCGCCUUAAAGUGUUGUACUGCAAUCAGCUUAUGUCAAAAUUAUAAAGUAGAAACAAAGACGAAACUCGCUCUACUCUAUUGAUUUCGUGUUUUAUCCCUAUAAAAUUCAUCAUAUUUUUCUGAUUGGCAAAUUCAAAAGAAGUUUCAUGUCAAUGAUAUGUGGCAUCCAAGGCCAACUUCUGGAAGUCACGGUGGUUUCUUGCAAUAGAUUAAAAGACACUGAAUGGAUUUCAAGGCAAGAUCCCUAUGUUUGUCUUGAAUAUGGUAGCACCAAAUUUCGAACUCGUACUUGUACAGAUGGUGGGAAAACCCCCACAUUUCAAGAGAAAUUCGUGUUUACACUCAUUGAAGGAUUGCGAGAGUUUAAUGUUGUGGUCUGGAAUAGCAAUACCCUUACUUAUGAUGAUCUUAUCGGAAGCGGAAAGAUUCAACUACAGAAAGUUCUCUCAAUGGGAUAUGAUGAUACUGCUUGGCCAAUCCAGACCAAGACUGGCAGGCAUGCAGGAGAAGUUCGGCUCAUAAUGUUCUAUGCUAAUGCCAAUAAGCCAGCAACAAGUUAUGCUCCUCCAUCAUACACAGCACCACAGCCGCAUACACAUAUGUACUCUGUUCCUCCACCAAUAGAAGCUUAUCAAACACCAUCUCCGUAUCCUGCAUACCCGCCUCAUUCAGCAGCAUAUCCACCAACACCUUAUCCUCCUCCUCAACCAACUGCUUACCCUCCAGCUUAUCCACCGCCUUCAGCAUAUCCUCCCAUGUCUUAUCCACCAGUUUCAGCAUAUCCUCCCAUGUCUUAUCCACCAGUUUCAGCAUAUCCUCCCGUGUCUUAUCCACCACCAACACAUGACUACUCUUAUCCUCCAGGUCCAUACCUGGGAACAUAUCCUCCGCAACCUUACUGAGUCCACCUUCCUACAUGCUUGUGUGAAGAAUGUGAAUAUACGUUGUUUAUGGAGAAAAAUAAAGAAUUGUGCAUAUAGAUUUUCACUGAACUGGAUUCCCUUUGGCAUUUCUAUUUUUGUGAAUCAUCGAAAAAUUCAAGGCUUGUUUUCUGUACAAUCUCAAGAAAGAAACGGAACUAGUUUAUUAGUUUUGUUGCCUGUUUUUUUCCUUCCGUGGGAUAUAAGGAAAUCCUUGAGUCAGACUCAACUGCAUUUGAUAGUCAGAAAGAGGCCUUGCAGCUGAGUACUGAUCGCAGAAGAGUUAUUGGUACUUCGCGACAUAAUUCAGAUGAUAAUAUUCUUCAGUCAGUUGCAUUUCUGUGGAGUAACAGUCGGAACUAGCUUUAUAAAUUGAAUGAAGAAGCAUAUCUAUACUAUAGAUUUGCCUCAUUUAUUAGUCCA